GGGUUUCAUUAGUGUGUUAAAACACUUCUCCUUCCCCUUCAUGUCUCGGUUAGUUGUGGCACAGCAGGACAGUCUCGUGCAGCUGUCUGGUGUGGGCAGUUGGACUUUUACAAACUGGGGCUAAAACUUUGGACUGGAAAACUGUUAUAUUAACUGUGCGUAAAGUAAGAGUUACGUAAAUCUAAUCCCCUUCUCCACCAUGUCCAGCACCAGCAGUGUUGUGGUGAAAACCCUGAAGGACCUGAGCCUGGAUCCGGGCUAUGUGACCGGGGAACCGUGCCCGUCCCUCAGCCUGUCCUCCUCCGGCAGGUCGAGACAGUCUCAUACGCACACGAACACUCCUCACCGGGGUAACUGGUGGCAGCAUGCCGGUGAUUCUAUGUACAGCAGAAACGGCAGCUGGGACACGGUGAGCACGCUGCCUGAGGACACGGCGGACGUCCUGGUCAAGUGUCCCUGCCUGCCCGACGUGGAGGAGUAUCCCUGGACCGAGCACGAGCUGCGGGAAGUCGUGCGUAGAGUCACCGAUUCGGACGCCGCGUUCACCGGGGAGGCUGUGCACAGGCUGUCCGGUCUGCUCCGGAGGGCUUUAGUGCGUAUCUCCCGCGAGGCGCAGCGGCUGAGUGAGCUCCACAGGCGGUGCACGCGCCUGGAGGUCCAGAGCGCGGCGAGGCUCGUGCUGAGCUGGAGUCUGGCCGAGAAGUGCAUCUCCUCCGCGGUGAAGGCGGUGUCCCUGCACUGCAUGAGCUCCGGGGACACCGCGCGUCAGCGGGGCAAGUCGGCGCGCUGCGGGUUGACGCUCUCCGUGGGUCGCUUCUUCAGGUGGAUGGUGGAAACACGCGUGUCGGUGCGCGUGCACGAGUACGCCGCCGUGUGCCUGGCAGCAUGCGUGGAGAGUUUGAUUGAGGAGGUGGUCGGACGGGCGCUGCAUGCGGCGACGCUGGGCGCGGAGGAGGAAGGGGAACCGGGCGGCGGGGUCACCUGCGGCCCGGUGACCGCGGAGCUGCUGGAGGGAGCCGUCAACAACGAUGCCGAGCUGUGGGGGCUGCUGCAGGUCUACGAGCAUCUGAUAUGUGGCAAAAAUGCCAAUGGGGAGCUGUCGCUGCCGGCCCAUGUCAGCCCGUACACGAAGGUUCCCGAGGAUUCACCGGAGAGCAGGGAGGAUGCCUACAUCCAGCUGGAGCUGCGAACUCUGGAGCAGGCUCUACUCGCCACCUGUGUGGGCAGCAUCGCAGAGCUCAGUGAUCUGGUGUCUCGAGCGAUGCACCACAUGCAGCGUCUGUGCAGCUCCAGUCCGUCCGUCAGCCCCGCUCGCUCAGCCAAUCAGCCGUCAGUAUCCUGGGCUGCAGACGCCCUCCGGACGCUCUACUACUUCCUGUCCAGCCCACAGAUGGAGUCACUGGAAAACCCAAACCUGGAGCCCUCGGCCAUGACACUGAGCAGAGAGAGGCCGUUCCUGCUCCUCCCUCCGCUCAUGGAGUGGAUCAGAGUCGCCGUGGUGCACGCUGAAUAUCGCCGCAGCCUAUUGGUGGACAGCGAUGAUGUCAGACAGACAGCCAGGCAGCUCCUCCCAGGACUGGACUGUGAGCCCAGGCAGCUAAAGCCCGAGUGCUGUUUCCAGUCGUUUAAAUGUUUGGAUGCAGAAGCUGCUUCCGCCAAGUUCCAGCUGGAUUUGGGCUUCAGGAUGCUCUCAAGUGGCCGAGCAGAUCUGGUCCAUCAGGCCACACAGCUUCUGGGAGCCGAGGGCGUUAACACCAUGGACGACCAGGGAAUGACUCCUCUGAUGUAUGCGUCUGCAGCAGGGGAUGAAGCUCUGGUCCAGAUGCUCGUAGAGGCCGGAGCCAACCUGGACCUGCAGGUCCCAGGCUGCUCUUCCAGACACCCGUCGGUUCACCCCGGCAGUCGGCGCUGGGUGGCUCUGACGUUCUCGGUGCUCCACAGUCACCUGUCUGUGGCUCAGCUGCUGUUGGAGGCCGGAGCAGAUGUGGAGGGAGGAGCCCAGCUGGACGCUCAGCAGAGCUCAGCCGAGACGCCGCUCCAGCUGGCUGCUGCUGCAGGUUACUACGAGAUGGUGAGCUUGCUCCUCACCCAUGGAGCAGACCCUCUGCUCAGAGUGCAUCAUGGGAAUUCACUGACAUCACCGCUGUAUGAGGACAUGAACUGCUUCAGCUAUGCAGCAGCACACGGACACAGGAACAUCCUGAGGAGGCUGCUGCUUCAGCCGCAGCACAGGAAGGAAGACAUCCUCUCUCUGGAGGAGAUCCUGGCGGAAGGAGUGGAGGAUGAAGAGGAGGAGGAGGAGGAGGAGGAGGAAGAGGACCUGGAAGCUCCAGCUCUUGACUCCCUGAGCCCUGUUCCCCGGCUGUGUAAAGCCAGGAUGAAAGCCCUGCAGCAGGCGGCCUACUACAGCGCCGAGCACGGCUACCUGGACGUUACCAUGGAGAUCAGAGACAUGGGUGUUCCCUGGAGGCUCCACAUCUGGCUGGAGUCUCUCCACAGAGCCCAGCAGCUGUGCCGGGACAGAGUCACGGUCUCCCUCCUCACAGAGUUCCCGUCCAUCGGGACGGAGGACUACAGCCCCGAGCUCCUCUCCACUGGCAUCCCGUUCAUGUUCAGCAUGCUGGAAACCAGCAAGGACUACGUGGUAACCAAGCGGCUGGCGUCCGUGUUCUCUCACUGCUACGGCGACGCUCCCGUCCCGGCCAUCCCGCCCAUGGACGUCACUCUGUCCACACAGCUGGACAUUCACUUCCUGAACAACCGCGAGAUGUCGGAUGUGACGUUCAUGGUGGACGGGCGUCCUUUCUUCGCCCACCGCGUACUGCUGAUGUCCGCUUCUGAACGGUUUCGACAGAUGCUCUGCGACUCCCCCGACAACAUCAUCCACGUCAGUCACAUGACCUACAGCAGCUUCCAGAUGAUGAUGAAGUCUCUGUACUGCGGAGGAACGGAGGGACUCGCCGUCUCGCACUCUGAAGCCCUGAAGUUGCUGCCGGUGGCCGCUUCCUUCCAGCUCCGCGGUCUGCAGCGCUGCUGUGAGAUGAAGCUGUCGCAGAGUCUGACCCUGGACAACGCCGUCAGCCUCUACCACACCGCCAAGCAGCACGGAGCGGCGGAGCUCUGCCGCUUCUGUGAAGGAUUCUUCCUGCAGAACCUGGAUCGGCUGCUGGAUGGCGAGGACUUCCACCGCCUGCUGCUGGGCGCCGUCGGCCGGGAGACGCUCUGCCCAGAGGCGAGCGCCCCGGACCAGGAUCCAUCGGUGCUCCUGGAGGUUUUGGAGGCCACGUUGAUCCACAGACUUUACACGCUCCACUCCACGUGUCGAGAGUAGAAAAGGACGCAGCAGCCGGCGCUACGCUGCGCUGCGUUCAGCCACACGGGUACGUGUGUGUAUUUGGGAAUAGUAGCCAUGGAUAUUGUUAGUCUUCUUA